GAAGAAGAAGAAAGGCGCCUCUUGAUUUGCAUUUGUGCCCCCUUCUUCCGGUCACAUGACCCGCUGGAUCGUUCGCGGACGCGGGUUUUUCAGUGUUGGCAAGCGAUAGUAACGUCGUUCGAUACACAGAAGAGUCUCCCGCACCGCGGACACAUUCAACUGAUACUCAUUAGUAUAUACAACAUGUCUGCGUGGACGGAUGGAAGACGACGGGAUGCUCACAGCAGCCAACACGACGAAAGGACCACUGGCCCGUCUCGAGGGUCCCACUGCAGGAAGAGAGGGAUCGAUGGAAACCUGCGGGCCAACAGAGAGGCAGAAGGUAGUGACAGGGAAAACAGCCGGCACAUAAACUCCGACAACAGACAUGCCAGUUUCACCACCCCAGAGAGUGCGGGCCCGGUGUCUCGCUGUGGUAGAGAUGCUGACUGGGGCAGCCAGGUGGAGAAUGAUGAGAUGAGGAGGGAUGUACAGAGAGACAUACAGCGUUACAGGAGGAAGAUUCUGGGUGCAGAGGUCACCCAGAGAGAGAGGAAGACCUCCUCUGGCUCUUCUGGGAGCUGUGACUCCAGAGAGGGAGAAAACAUGGAGACAGAUGAGGCUGUGUUGUUACGGCGGCAGAAACAGAUCAACUAUGGAAAGAACACAUUGGCUUAUGACCGAUACAUCAAGGAAGUUCCAAAACACAUGCGCCAGCCGGGUGUUCACCCAAAGACCCCCAAUAAGUUCAGGAAGUACAGUCGUCGCUCGUGGGAUCAGCAGAUAAAACUUUGGAAGGUCAAAUUGCACGCCUGGGACCCCCCAACAGUGGACUGCCAAGAUAAAGUCCUCGAUAACAUUGAGGAGUUGGGCCUUGACGACAUCAUGGACAUUGAGCUGGACUUUCCAAACCUUUCAGACUCCCAGAAUGUCUCAACCUCUCUCACCUCACACAGCCAUUCACUGGAGGGUGACGACUGUUUGGGUACCCCAGUAAAAAUCCAGAAGACAGAAACUACAGAGGAGCUUGACAAGGUGUAGCUCAUCAUCCUGCCCCUCUCCAAACAUACAUGGUCACACACAUCUCCAUUGGUUUGGAUGUGGUACCACCACCUGUGGCAGUGCCACACACAGCGUCACUAUUCCAUGUCUCAGGUGGUUGGUGUUGGUGGUUCAGCAAUGUAAAGUUAGCAUUGUCUUUCAAUAUGAACUAGUGCUUCUUAACUCAUAUGGUCUUUCAAAGAUUAUCUGCUCAGGGUGUUGUUUUUUAUGGUUUCACUUUCCAGUUGCAUGUUAAACCAAGCUUCCCAUGGUUUAGGAUUUGUUCUUUACAAAAACAUCUGUAUCACUGAUGUGUGGUUCUGCAGACAUCCAGAAACUCCCUGCAUGUACCUGGUAAAUAGAAAGCAAGAAUACAUAGGAAUGAACUGAACUCUGAAGGGUCUCUGUAUAUUUAAAAGAAAAUGGGUAAACCAAAAGUAAAGUAUUUUCCUUUUAUUGAUUCAUAUUUACAAGAUUAUUUUUCAUGUAGAAUUUUAAAUGGUGAGUUACUUCAGUGAUACUGGGCUUUGGUUUGUAUUUACAUUGCGUUCUUUCUUUUUUAAUACAAAUGUUGCUAUGUUUCGUAUGGCUUUUUCCUUUAAUGUGAAGUCUUUCCAAUAAAAAAAGAAAACUGAA